AUGCUGCGUCGAUGGAAGAAUCGUUUUCCAUGCUACAAUAAAAUUAAUGCUCAUCAGCUGUAUACAUCUAUUGAUAGUGAAUUAAAGUAUGUAUAUAGUAAAUUAGAGAUAUUAUCCAAUGAAAAUAAUUUAUUAAGAAGUCAUUUUGAUAAAUUACAAGAACGAUAUGAACAUUGGAUAAAUGACGAACAAAUUUAUCUAAUGCAACGUAUUGAAAAGUUAGAAAAUGAAAAUCAGUAUUUACGCGAAACUUAUCAAACAUAUCAAAUUCAAAAUGAAAAAUGUAUUCAAUCAAUAACAAAUUUAAUAAUAAAAAUGCUCUCAAAUCAAAAGGAGCUCCGAAAAACACACGACGAGCAAGAUGAUGCAAAUGACACAACUCAAUCGAAUAAGAAUCAACAGAAAAAUCAAUUAUCUACUCGGAGUACAAGUUGUACAUCAUGUCAUAUUGUUCGUAAUCGAUCGGAUGAUAGUCAAUAUACUAUUAGUACUACUACUAAUAAUAAUAAUAAGAAUCAUAAUGAAUCCAUAUGGCCUCAUCAACGAUUGAUGAUUGUUGAAGAUCAAGAUCAGAAAACAACAAAUCAAUCAUCGGAAUUAAAUCCUAAUUCAUCAACACUGGCUACUACUAAAUCGAAGUUCAAUAAAUCCUCAGCUGGUUCAACCAAUAAACUCUAUUUCGUUUUAAAUGAUGAAAAAUUGACACAAGAUAAUCGUCAUUCGAAGAGCGUUAAUAUUGUCCCUAUGGAUGAUUCUCACAGUGCACAUGCUGCUAAACAACGAUCAUCAACGUUAACAAUGACAUUGAACAAGACUCGAGCGAGUCGACAACAAAAGACUAAUCCGAUCUAUUCGAAUCAUGAAAGGUUAUCAGUACAAACACCAUCUAUUCCUAAGAGUACACCAACAAAGAUAACAACAUGUAUAUCAAAGCCAUCUCGCAUUCCAACGACUAAAACUCGUCCACCGCCACCGACUAUUCGACAACGUCCUCCUAUUUCUACAGUGACAAAUCAAAAAACAGUUUCAGCAUCGGUAACAACUAAUAAAUCACCUAGUCCUCGUGCUACAUCUGUAAAACCAGGUGAAUCAGUGCGAAAUACAACAACAACGAUUCCUAAUAGACCAAUCAUUAACACUACAAAAACAACAACAAAUAUUUAUAAUAAAAUACCUGUAACUACAGUCGUUAAACAACGAGCUCGUGUUUCGGAUCUUGAUGCAUUAAUGACUGAACAACGUAAAAGCACAUCAAAAUUAGUCAAUAAAUCACCAGUUGUUUUACCUUCAUCGAUCACUAAUAAUAUUCGAAAGUCAUUAUUUUCAAAAGAUACUGUUAAACGAGUGCAACCUGUUCGUAGUCAUGAAUUAAAAUUAUUUUCUUGUCAUUUAACACCGGAUGUAUCAUCUCAAAACGACGAAUCAACUUUAACGUUAACACCAUGUUCAUUAGAAUCAAUCAAAGAUAAUCAACUUGUAGAAACAAAAGAUCAAUAUACAAAUCAAUCGUCUACUAUCGCUGCUGUCAUGAAGAGAGACUUUUCAGAAGAUAGUCUUAAUGAACACGAUCAUAUUCAAAAAUUACUCCAGCAAAAAGCUUCCAACAAUACACGAAAUCAUUCAUUGAUUGAUAGUAGUCAAACAUGUACGGACACAAUCUAUCUCGAUGAUCCCAUUCAAAAUGAAAAUAACCGAGAAGGAUAUUUUCUUUCCGCUAAUGAUAAUUCCAAUUCUGGACAUGCUGAUUCAUCAAUUGAUUUAUCAUCAAUAAACUCGAAAUCAUUUGCAUCAUCAUCAUCAUCAAAACCUUUAGUACAUCGUUUAAUAUUUCCAGCGCGUCUUGGCCGUGUCGUAUUCUUUCGUCGAAUAUUAUCGGAUACUGAUAUCUAUCAAAAGAAUUGUUCAAAAGAUAAUGAAAUCUAUCAUAAUGUGUAUCAUCUCGAUUCCGUACGCGAUUUUUCAAUGGAGUUUUAUAUGCUGGCAACUUACACAUCGGAUUCACAAUUACGUGCUUGGGUCGACGAUGAUGAUGAUGACGUAGUCAAUAAUGUAUGUCAUCUCGAUGAAGAUCGUUUUCAACGAAAUGAACAAGAUUCAAGCGAUAAUCAAACGAGAACUAGUCAAAGUCGAGAUAGUCUUAAUCGAGACAACGAGGAAUUAGAUUGGUAUUCCGAACUUGAAAUACCAAAUUUAACACUUAAUAAUCAACACGAAAGAAGUGAAAAUGUAUCAACUUGUUCUAGUGAAAUGCAUCCAAGUAGAUUACUAGUUGAUGAACAGUUUCCUAUAUCAAGUCUAACAACAAUCACAUCUGAUUCAACUGACAUAACAUCGCCUUCGUCGAUUCUUUCAAAUAAUACUUCUAAUGGACUUCAUUCAAAUCCUGCACCGUCUAAUAUAAUCGAUCAAACAAAUGCAUUACUUCGAGAAAUUUUUCAUACUUCCUAUAGACUUCAUGUAUCAUCAUCGAGUAGCAUUCCGCAGGAAACAAAUGAUGAUCAUAAUGAGAAUGAUUCACAGACAUCAUCGAUAAUUACUAAUGAAUUUCAACCGGAUUUUUAUUAUUUAUGCCCAAUUACAAGUACAACAAAUUUUUCAAAGACGGAUUUUAAACCUUUAUAUCACGAUGUUUAA